GAAAGGGCGGGCGAGCUGUGCGCGUGCGAGGGGGGCAGCAGCGGCAGCCGCCGCCACGGCGGAGCGUUGCUGCUGCCUCUGCCGCCCGGGCGGACCACCCGCCUGCCUCUGAGGCGCCGGCCCGGCACCCGCUUCCUUUUCCACCUGGGUUGUUGGGGCGGCUUCAGCAGCUGCUGCUGCUGCCGCUGCCGCCGCCGCCGCCGCCUCCUCCUCUCUAACUGUCACUGCCCAGGCUGCGGCCUGUGGCGUUGGCAAGGCCUGAGAAGGGGACGCGGGCGGCUUCGGACGGGGUCUGCUCUGUGCUGCCAGCCGGGGACUCCCCCUCGCCGUCGUCUGCGAGUAGGAAAGAAGCGGCUUGGCCGCGGCUCUGAGGCAGGCGCCGCCGGAGGAACUGUCCCCUUUAGGUCCUGCGACCCCUUUCCUGUUAGGGAACCGCUCUGGGGCGAGGAGGCCGCCUUUGAGACCCUCUGGUGGGUGUGGGUAGGAGCAGCAGCCCUGGCUCCCGUUCCAGAUCCCUCCUUCCGGGCUGGCUUAAUUUAGUGCCUCCACCCCAUAUGUAGUUGAUGGUGUGCUUCCGUUGAAAGAGGAGGCUGGUGCAUCCCCAUAAGACUGUAAAGAUUGCUUUGUGGGGUUGUCCUCUCUUCUCGCAGUUGUAGCGAUCCACAUUGAUGUCAUCGGGAAAUACCAGAGCACGUUGUGUUUUUAUAUUUUAUAGAGGAUAUUUACUACUCACAACUAUAAAUUCCCAAUAAGUAAUACACAUAGAAACCCCACUGCACCAAUCACCGUGCACGGGAACUAUAGAGGGAGACUUCAUUCUUUAACCUCCUUGUUGCGGACCUAAUUUAAAUGUGGCACUAGGCAGCAGACAAGAACUUUACCUUAUGCGCCCAGAUCUUGUUUAAACCAGGUCACUUCAUCUUUGUGUGCCCAGCUAGCACACCAGGAAUCUGUAGCCAGCAGGUGGUGCAUUGAUGUGCUUUUGCACACUUGUAGUCCAAUCCUGAGCAUGUUUUCCCCAGCAGUAAGCCUAGCUGGCUUCAGUGGAGCUCACUUCCAAGAACAUGUAUUUGGGUUGCAGUGGCUGAAGGUCUGGUUUAAAUGAAUUGCCAGGCAUGUAUAGCACUGCACAGGAUGACAAGGAUGCCAGCAAUCUCAUGCCCAACAAUGGAGAUCGUGGUCUUGUUCCUGGAAAAGACAAGUUCAAGCCUGUGUUACCCUGGCCUCAUGUUGAAGGUGUGGAAGUAGACUUGGAAUCAAUUCGGCGAAGGAAUAAGGUCAAAAAUGAAGGGAAUCCUCUUCUUGGUGGCAAUAAUGACCUGCAAAACAUAAUGCAGCGACAAUAUCUCACAUUUAAGCCUCAGACACUUACCUAUCAUGACCCUGUAUUGCGAUCUGGAAUUCUUGGUAAUUUUGAACCCAAAGAACCUGAGCCUCAUGGAGUUGUAGGUGGCCCCGGAGAGGAAGCCAAGCCAUAUGUGUUAGGACCAGAGUAUAAGGAAUCUGUUCAAACCAGCAUUAAAGAAUUUGGGUUUAACAUGGUAGCAAGUGAUAUGAUCUCACUAGAUCGAAGCAUUAAUGACUUGCGUCAAGAAGAGUGCAAAUACUGGCAUUAUGAUGAAAACCUACUCACCUCCAGUGUUGUCAUUGUCUUCCAUAAUGAAGGAUGGUCCACACUCAUGAGGACGGUUCACAGUGUAAUUAAAAGAACACCAAGGAAAUAUCUGGCUGAAAUUGUUUUAAUUGAUGAUUUUAGUAAUAAAGCACACUUAAAAGAGAGACUAGAGGAUUAUAUUAAGCAGUGGAAUGGCCUUGUAAAGAUUUUUCGAAAUGAAAGGAGAGAAGGUUUAAUUCAAGCUAGAAGCAUUGGAGCCCAGAAGGCUAAACUUGGACAGGUUUUAAUUUACCUUGAUGCCCACUGCGAGGUGGCAAUAAACUGGUAUGCACCACUAAUAGCUCCUAUAUCUGAAGACAGAACUACAUGCACUGUACCUCUAAUAGAUUACAUAGAUGGGAAUGACUAUUCCAUUGAACCACAGCAAGGUGGGGAUGAAGAUGGCUUUGCCAGAGGGGCCUGGGACUGGAGCUUGCUAUGGAAGCGUAUUCCAUUAAGCCACAAGGAAAAGGCAAAAAGAAAAUUUAAAACUGAGCCAUAUCGAUCCCCUGCGAUGGCUGGUGGAUUAUUUGCCAUUGAACGUGACUUCUUUUUUGAAUUAGGCCUAUAUGAUCCAGGACUACAAAUCUGGGGUGGUGAGAACUUUGAAAUAUCUUACAAGAUUUGGCAGUGUGGUGGGAAAUUGCUGUUUGUCCCUUGUUCUCGUGUCGGACAUAUUUAUCGUCUCCAUGGAUGGCAAGGGAAUCCACCUCCAGCAUAUGUUGGUUCAUCUCCUACUUUAAAGAACUAUGUGAGAGUUGUGGAAGUCUGGUGGGAUGAGUACAAAGAUUAUUUCUAUGCUAGUCGACCUGAGACAAAAGCACUAGCCUAUGGUGACAUAUCUGACCUGAAAAAAUUUCGUGAAGAUCAUAGAUGCAAAAGUUUUAAAUGGUUCAUGGAAGAAAUAGCUUACGAUAUAACAUCUCAUUAUCCUUUACCACCUAAAAAUGUGGAGUGGGGAGAGAUUAGAGGCUUUGAAACGGCAUACUGCAUAGACAGUAUGGGACACACCAAUGGGGGCUUUGUGGAACUUGGACCAUGCCACAGAAUGGGAGGGAAUCAACUCUUCAGAAUCAAUGAAGCUAACCAGCUUAUGCAGUAUGACCAGUGCUUGACUAAAGGACCAGAUGGAUCAAAAGUUAUGAUUACACACUGCAAUCUAAAUGAAUACAAGGAGUGGCAGUACUUCAAGAAUCUACAUCGAUUUGCCCAUAUCCCUUCAGGGAAAUGUUUGGACCGUUCAGAGGUUCUACACCAAGUGUUUAUUUCUGAGUGUGACUCAAGUAAACCAACACAAAAAUGGGAAAUGAACAAUAUCCUUAGUGUGUAGACAAAAAAGAAAAAGCCCAAACCUACCUACUGACAAAAUUAAUUUGUAUAAACUGAAGAUAGCCUGAAACUGCUGCAACAAUUAACUGUGUACAGCUGUAAGCCCAGAGCCUCCUGAUCUGUAUGAAAGACAGAGGUGGACUGUGAUCGAUUUAUCAUCUGCAGUUAAUGUUUACAAAACUGCUCUUACCUUAAACUUUAUAGAUGUUUACAUCUCUUUGUUUUGUUUUAAGAUGUUUCGUUUCUUAGAUGAUGAUUUAAUGUGCUUUUGACUCUGUUUCUGUGUGACUGGAACAAAGUUAAAAGUGCUGGCUUGGAUCUGAAGUAGCAUGAGGUUGCUUCCACGUGCACAAGGGGCUUUUCCACUUCCCUUCUUAGAGCAGUGUCCACCUCCUAUUCCAAAGUCUUUCCUGAAGGCAGAAGCACCUUCUUGAGUGGCUUUUGGGGUGGGUGCAAGGGGCCGUGGGAGGCGGGGGAGGAAUCGGCUAUUCCCCGUGUGCGUGUGGAAGUGCCUUCUGGUUGUGCACGAACAGAGGGAUUGGAUUCAAGUAAUUCUUGUCAUCUUUGGGAUUACACUCAGGGGUCUGCAGGCAGUUUUUUUGUUUGUUUUUACAUUCACACUUGAAAAAGGUUGGAGUACCAGACUUUGCUCUAAUGUGAUGAUUAUCAACCUGUUCUACGUUGUUUUGAUUUUACAUCUUACCAAGCACUGCCACAGGUUUUUAGCCAGGGUGGCCUUCCUUCACAGUCAUGCUGCUUUUUUGAAAGGUGAAUUUUCAACAUAUUUAGUGCCUCCUUCAUUUUUUCUCUCUAGUUCACGAGAAAAGCAUUUGUCAUAGUAUGGGUAUGUUGAGGUUCUCUUUAGUAGGAAUUAAUUGGUCCUGCCCUUGUCAUGAUUAGAGAGAUUUCCAACUUGACUGUUGUACUACUUAUUCUAUAUCGAUAAAGUAACCAACUGAGGCACAGAUCAUGACGAACCCAAAAUAAUGAUGCUAUAACAUCAAUGGAACCUUUUGGAGAAGUUUGUAGUUGGUAUAGUGAGUAGCACUUAAAUCCAUGAACCACUUGUGUAAGAUGACAUUAAAGCAGCUGAAGUCUUCUAUUUUGCAAUAUCAAACUGAAAUUUAGCACUAAGUGAUGCAUUCAGUGGAAGUGAGCACUCCAAAUGUCAGCUAGAAACAUACAGGCACUAACUUCCCUGCUGCAUCAUGCCUUACAAAACUUCUGUAUAUGUCUACAUCUGCACAAUGUAGAAGAGUAAAACUGAUCCAAUUAUUUACUUGUGCUAAAUGGAAGUUGGUUGAAGAUGACUGAAAUGUUUCAAAAACUUCAAAAUUAUUUUACGAACAAUUACUAUGUAAAGAGGUGUUGUAAAUUAGAGAUCCAUGUGUAGAUUAGAAUGGUCGGGAUAAACUAUUUUGUAUAGAAAUGGCUUCAAAAGUUCCCUUUGGUUCUAAUAUACUAAGAGCCUGGAAUUUGUCUCAAAUCCCUGGUGUUCUGAUCCGAAAUGAUCUAAUGGUGCCAUAGCAUGAACAAAGAUAGAUACCAAGAAGUCCAAAGACUGGGAAAUUAUUUCUUAAAUAUUUGAAUUUGAACAUUGCCCUAAAAUCUUUCAUUUUGAAAAAGUAUAUGAAAGAUCAAGACCUAUUUCAAUAUUUUACCCUGAAUUCAAAAAGUCAGAACGUGCUUAAUGAUCUGUUGGAUUAGGGCCUCUGUGCAGAUGCAUUCCUAUCCAAAACAGUUUGAUUGAUAACUCAAUUUCAGCUCAAAAUUAAACUCCCAAGUGAUUUUAUUUGAAAACACAAAUAUACCUUGAGUUCAUAGUAUAACUCUCUAACUCUCUUCAAUCAACUCCUACAAUUGCAUAAUGAAGACACUUCAAUUUUAAGGUCAAAUUCUUUCUCUUAGGUAUGGAUCAAUUAUGGAUAACAACUAAGGAACAUGGCAAUUUGGUCUUAAGAAGGCCAAGUGCUUAUAGCUUGGGAUCUUUUCCGGUUUCUUUAAUCUUCUCAGACUUCCCUUAAAAGGUGUGAAUAAUUACAAUAGAAAAUAAAGGAAGAAGAAACUGAAAGAAGUAUAAUAAGGGUGUGGGUACAUUUAUUAUUUUUUGUGUGUAUGGAAAAACAUUCAUUUUAUUUGGGUAGAGGUUAAUUUAAUCACAUUACUAUGCAUAAGUGAAGGAAAUUGCACAUAGAUUGUGCAGGGGGGGGGUGUUUGUGUGUGCGCGUGCGAGAGAGAAAUGGGUACUGUGUGCAAUUCCAUUAAAAUCCAAUACUAUAUGUGAAUAUGGAUCUGUAUUUUUAAACUCCAGGUCUUACAAGACGACAAAAGCUGUUACUCUAAUGACUUUUCUUACUGUAACCCGCUUUUAAAAAAAUAUCCCAUAUCCUUGCUUUGUAAGUUGAUCACUAUGCAUUUCUACACAUUUUAUAAAUUUGAUUUAUGCAGAUUUUGAUACACUGUAUGUUUCUGUAAAGAUUGUUUAAAUCUUAAAAGGGUUUAUUAGGGAUAAAUCUGGGAAUCCUAUGUAUAUCUCAAUUCUAGGUUGCUUGUUUUUUUAGAUGAGGAAAAUAAAUAUUUUAACUUGUGGUUUAUUAA